AUGCCACCCAAUGACUCUGCUUUACGGUCUGCACGCGCUUCGGCAACCACUUUAGUUAUCCCGGAAGAAGAGGAGGAACACCAACAACAGGAUACUUCUUCUUGCUCAACGCCACCCACACCUAUUCCCUCUGUAUCAGCUAUACCAUCACAUUCUACUACUGCUACAGCUACAGCUACAGCCACUCCUCCUACCAUGGCAGCAGCAGCAGCAACAACACCAGCACCAAAACGACCAUCACGAUAUAAAAGCAUUCGCAAACUUGGAUACAGGAAGACGUAUAUGGGUGUAUUUGAUAAGUUUACUGACUUCCUUGCACAUCACAAUUAUCCGAAUCAACGGCCGCCACCGACGAUGGAUAUUUCCACCCCGUACAACACGAUUCAUGUGACCCAUGUGGGAUAUGAUCCAGUGGCAGGUGUAUUCACCGGUUUACCACGAGAAUGGCAAAUACUACUCAACCAGAGUGGCAUCACUAAAACUGAGCAAGAACAAAAUCCUCAAGCAGUCAUCGAUGCCAUUGAGUUUUAUCGAGACGACCAAAACAAAGACGCUGUUUGGAACAAGAUUCCCAAGGCAACAAAUAGUUCGACUUCUUAUUCUACCCAUUCUUCGUCUUCGUCUUCUGCACCUGCUGAAGAAUCAACAACAAGGAAACAACAUCCACCAAAUGGUCUUCCACCAUGGACAAAAGGCAGUAAUACCACCUUGAAACGGUUUUCCCGGUUCGUCAUCCACUCCCAUUCACGCUCCAGUUCCUCGCUUUCUGAACCUAAAACUCCAAAAUCAUCCCAAAAGGUUCCACCCGUACCUUCGUCAUCCAAAUCAACCACCACCAUCACAACAACACCCAAGCCGACACCAUCACCAUCACCACAACCCAAACGACGUGUUUCCAAAACACCACCUACCGAUACCGAUAUCCUGAAAAAGCUAAAGGAGAUCUGUACCAAUGUCGAUCCUACCGAGACGUAUUCUGAUAUUGUCAAGAUUGGUCAAGGUGCAUCGGGUGGUGUUUUUACAGCAAGGAAAGCAAGUGAUACCAAAACACCCGUGGCCAUCAAGCAAAUGAACCUUGAGCAGCAGCCCAAAAAAGACCUUAUCAUCAACGAGAUUGUGGUGAUGCGAAAGUCCCAGCACCGCAACAUUGUCAACUUUAUCGACUCGUAUCUAUGGAAAGGCGAUCUCUGGGUUGUGAUGGAAUAUAUGGAUGGAGGCAGCUUGACGGAUGUGGUGACAUGCAACAUUAUGCUGGAAGGACAAAUUGCUGCUGUAUGUCAUGAAGUGCUCCGAGGAUUACAUCAUCUGCAUAGCAACGGCGUUAUUCAUCGGGAUAUCAAGAGCGACAAUGUCUUGUUGAGUCUGCAAGGCGAUAUCAAAUUGACGGAUUUUGGUUUUUGUGCACAGUUGAAUGAGGAUCAAGCUAAACGAACCACCAUGGUGGGCACACCUUACUGGAUGGCACCUGAAGUGAUCACGCGAAAGGAAUAUGGCAACAAAGUGGAUAUCUGGUCGUUGGGUGUGAUGGCGAUUGAAAUGGUGGAAGGCGAACCUCCUUAUUUGAACGAGAAUCCACUUCGAGCAUUGUAUCUGAUUGCAACGAAUGGUACACCCAAGCUACAAAAUCCAGAGGCUUUGAGCGACGUAUUUCAGGAUUUCUUGAAUCAAUCAUUACAAGUGGAUGCAGAGAAACGACCCUCGGCUCAAGAAAUGCUCAAGCAUCCUUUCCUUGAAAAAGCUGAUCCGCUCUCCUCCUUGACACCACUCAUCACAGCGGCUCGACAACAAUCUACUUCUCCACAAGAACAACAACAAACACAAUCAUAA